AUGAACUAUACCAAAGAGAGUCAUGCAAAGCUUGACUUGAAGCUAAACUUGUCACCAGCAAGAGGAGAACCUUCAUCACCAAGAAGAUCAUCAUCAUCUUCUUCUUCUUCUUCAUUGGAGAUCGUCAGAUCACCGGUCAGCUCCUGUGUUUCUCGAGAACCGAGCCCCUGCGAUGACCCGCCAUAUUCCGGUUACCCUAGUAGCCCAGACGCAGCUCCAAUGAUGCUUGUGGGAUGCCCUAGAUGUUUAAUGUAUGUUAUGUUAUCAGUAAAUGAGCCAAAAUGCCCUAAAUGCAAGAGCACUGUCUUGCUUGAUUUUUUCCAUGAGGAAAGAAUCAAGAACUCAAAGUGA